AAUUUCUCGUGAAAUAUAUAUUCAAAAUGGCUUGUGGAGCAACCCUUAAACGUACCAGUGAAUUUGAUUCUUUACACAGCCCAGGUCAAGGAUCACCUAAAAGAAGAAGGUAUGUCAUGCCAAUACAGUCCACAACAUCACCGGCCAAGCAAGCCAUUACAAAAUCACUUUUUGCUGAUGCUUUACCCAAACUGACAACAGAACAAAUUGCUACAAGAAUAACUCAGGAGCUGAAACGAAUGCAGCACAGACGUCAAAUUCAUUAUCACGACGCCAACGAAAGUUCAUCAUCUCCUCAACCAUCUUUAGACCAAUCAACUAAUCUUAAUUUUGAUCCAACUCAAAUCUCCAGUCCUACCAAGAAAGAUGUCGCUAUAUUUACCUUUCGUCAAGUCAGCAUGAUCUGUGACAGAAUGAUCAAAGAUAGAGAAGAACAGAUACAAGUCCAAUAUGACAAUAUUUUAACCUCCAAGCUAGCUGAACAGUAUGAAUCUUUCCUGAAAUUUAACCAUGAUCAGCUACAAAAGAGGUAUGGUGAUGCCCCAAUGAGUUAUGUGUCCUAAUCAACGAAAAAAUUGGAGAAUUUGUGUACAUAUAUAACUUAAAAUAGUGAAAAUUGAAAAAAGCCACUUAAAAGGAUACUACCUCUUAGAAUGGACAAAAUUUGAAGUCUCGAACUUGGUCAACAAGUGUAUAUAUUCAUCAAUUGGACUUAACAGAUGCCAUGACUAAAGAAUAGAAUCUCUAUAUAAGACGAUAUAUCCAUUAAACUAAAUAAUUAUUGAAAAAAGCUUCUAAGCAUGUUUCAAAAUUACUUAGGGUAAUGAAUUAUUACUUAGUUUUAUGAAUAAAUUGUAUUAUAUAGAGAUUCUUUUGUCUAGUUAUGACACCAGGUAAGUCCAUUGAUGAACAAAGACUCAUUUUAACCAAGUUUCAAAAGGUAAUAUACCUUUAAAUCAAAAUAUGAAAAGUUAAUGAAAUAUUCAAGAUUACUUGAAUUAUGUAUGAAUGUAUAAGAUUUUUUAUAAUAAAGAUGCUUUCAAUGAAAUAAAUUAUUUU